GCCAUCAUCUUCCAACAUCAUAUUCAUCAUCAUCAACCGCCGCCACUCUCACCACCGUCUAAUUGACUGAAAAUCAUGGCUACGCCGCCAUCAAUCACCGACCUCUUCGCUCAACUCGCUUCUCACCUUCAAUUACCGAUCAGGGAACGAGAAAACGAAGAGGAAGUUCUCACUCUCUCAAUUUCCAAGCUAAAUCAAUCUUUAAACCUCAACGAAAACCCUAAUUCUAGGGUUAGGGUUUUGGAUACCGCUCUCUCCCUCAUGUGUUUCAAGGCACCCCAGGUUUUUGAUUCAAUGAUUGAGUAUUUGGCGACGACGAUCAUCAGCGUCUUAUCUUCUUCGGUUAAUUGCAAGGUUUUUCCUGUUCAAAACGAACAGUUUCUGCUUAUGGGUAGCGCAAGUUUAGGUCUAAAUUUCGUGGAAUUGAUAGAAAUGUUUAACAAUGUUUAUGCAAAGUUAGAGGGAAAAGGGGUGUUUUCUCAUUUGCUGUUACGUGCUGUUGUAAGGGUAGCAGUUUUGGCAUCUUGCUAUCAGUAUUCAUUCCCAAAUAUACCUAUUCUUGAUGUGAAAUUAAUUGAAGGAAAUAGUGCUGCUGUUUCCAAGUUGCAUUGCCAUUUACCCACUGAACUGUCCCUUGAAAAUGAGGAAAUACCAUUGAGGCUGCUGUUCUGGUAUCUUGACCCACUAACCCUAAAGCAAGCUGUUUCAAAGAUUUUAAAAGAUACCACAGAAAGGCCUUUCCUUUGUUUGAGUGACGAAUUUCACCAGAGAACGGAUUGGCGUGCUAUCAUCAUAUGCUUGGCACUUUCUCCUGUUAUGUUUAUUGAGACCAGAGCCCUAUUACAUAACUGGUUCCUCAAGACGGGUCUGGCUUCUGUACUAGAGCUUCUGGGUGGAUUAGUGUCAGCAAUAUUGGAUGUAAUUUCAAGACCAACAUGGUGGGGCAUAUCUUUGGAAUUGGGAUCUAAGCUACCAUUUUCCUGUGCAUAUUUCCCAAAUAAGAACCACUUGUUGAGGAUUUUAGUUGGAGUCUUCUCUGCUGAAAGCUUUCUACAUUUAGCUCAUGCCACAAGUGAACAAGUUUCUCUUGGUAGGGAACAACUGCAUCCAGCCGUCAAGCCAACAGCAGUGGUGGUGGCAAGCAUAGAUCACAAAUCUCUCUGGGCUUUGGCAAUAGACUUCCCAGAUUGGUUCUAUUUUGCUUCUGUUCUACUCUUCACUGAGAAAAAUCUCCAUAAGAAUUUCCAAUCAAAAUGCAUAUUAGCCACACCUAAAGUUGAAGAAACACAUGAUAAGGAAUUAUUGUCUACAUAUGCUGCUAGGUAUAUUGCAUGGAUUCUGAGCCCCAUUAGUAAUUCUAAUCAGGGUUUGCUAGUUGAUUUUUUGACUAAAAUAUCAGAGUCUUGGGUAGUUAAGCACAACAAAGAAGCAGCUACCUUCAAGAAGAAACUUAAGAAACCAAAAGUUAAUGACAAGAGGGAGGAUUAUGCUGUGGCAAAAGAGUAUGAUUGUCAACAGAUUGGAAUCUGGCUCAAUGAAAUUGAAAACAUAUACAUCCAGUAUGCUAACACAACCAUCAACAGUUCUCCAUCUGCUGAUUCAAAUGCAUCCAAUGUUCUAAGCCUGCAGCAAAAUGUGCUUAUAAGGAAAAUCCCACUAGGCAUCUUGAUUGGGUGCCCCAAUUGUAUAACUGAGGAUGGAUGUGAACUUUUGCUGCACUAUGCAGCUACUGGUAUAAUACUUCGGCCAAGGGAAACUAUGUCUGCUGGACUAAGACAUGUAAAGAAGAACUCUGAAAGGCAGGACUUAACUACAUGGAUGGAAAAAUGUAGUAAAAGGGAUGUUUUAGCAGGUGCCUGUAUUGUUUUUAGUUUGACAGAUGCCGUUGAUAAUAUAUCUACUUCAUUUUUUGAGACUGAAGAAAGUGGAUUAGAUUUUAUUUACCAGGUCAAAGUAAAGGCUAGGAAGUAUUUGACGAAUUGCAUCAAGAGGCUAAGUAUGCUUAGCAUUGACAAAGAUGGGGUUUUGAUGUUAAGGGACCUAUGUAAUAGAUUGGAGCGAUGGAGGCAUCAAGGGCAAGUAAGUUUACAAAUUCAGAAAGAUAUAGGUGAUGUCAUCAAUGACUUGAGUCAGAAAUUAUCUUCAAAUGAGAAGACUUUCUGAAGGGAAACUGCCACAUUGUGCUUGCCCCCCCUUCCAUCUUCACUUAACUCGAUUCUUAAUAUCAUUCUAACGUGUAAACGGAGAGAGUUCUUGGAUGAUAUGAAAAGAGAAUUGUAAGCAAUCUAUUGGAUUGUGUAUUCUUUUAAAUAUACAUAUGCAUACAUACAUAUAUAUAUAUAUAUAUAUGUAUGUGUGUGUGUGUGUGUGUGUGUGUAAGAGCGGCUUGCAGUCCCCUUACAGCAACUCAGUAACCUUUUUUGGCAUGUGUAUUUUGAGCGAACAAUCAUUUUUAAGUCCUUUGAGUCAACAGUAUAUACCAAUAGCAGAUUGUAAGUAUAACUUUCCCCAAGGCCGUCGAAGGCUCUGUUUCAUGUUAACAUCCACGAUGUCCGUUUUAUUUCUGUUUUUAUGGUGUGGCUGUAAUCCAUCCACUCAAACA